GUGUGUGUGUGUGUGUGUCUGCAAAUCUCUCAGACACGGAUGGAUGGAUGACCACUGGAUGGAUAGAAUAGCGACAACAUUGAGAAGAGACUGACGCAUCAUGGCACGCUGUCCAAGACACACAAAAGCCCACUGGAGCCUGCACUGAGGAAUUAUCUGCUGUCAGGACCCGCGCCUGCACCAGGGCGAUAGGGAGAGACGGAGCCAAGGAGCCAGGCUCAGGCCACCGCAAGGUGAGGGUGCCGCUGUGCCGGAGAGGAGGAGACUCGCAACUCGCCGAUGGCGUCCUCCGCCAUGCAGAUCCUCGCCUUUGCCCUGGCGCUGCUGGGCGUCCUGGGCGCCACUGUGGCCACGCUGCUGCCCAACUGGAAGGUGAGUGCCGACGUGGGCUCCAACAUCAUGACUGCCAUCUCCCAGAUGCAGGGGCUGUGGAUGGACUGCACCUGGUACAGCACCGGCGUGUUCAGCUGCACCUUGAAGUACUCCGUGCUGUCGCUGCCCGCCUACCUGCAGACCGCCCGGACGACAAUGGUUCUGUCGUGCAUGAUGGCUUGCCUUGGCCUCUGUCUCGCUGCCCUGGGGCUCAAAUGUACCCGCUGGGGGGGCAGUCACCGGGCAAAGGGACACGCGGCCAUCGGGGCGGGGGGUUGCUUCAUCUUGGCUGGCAUCCUCUGCUUGGUGCCCGCUUCCUGGUUCACUAACGAGGUAAUCACUACCUUCCUGGACUCCAACGUACCCGAGAGCAGUAAAUACGAACCUGGGGGGGCCGUGUACGUGACCUUUGUCUCUGCCGGCCUACUGCUGGCCGGUGGGGUCAUCUUUUGUUUGUCGUGUCCCGGGAAAAGAGAGGGGCAGUUGGAUUAUACGUCGACAUCCACCUCUACCACCUUUCCUGACAAACUACUGCAGCAGCAGAUAAACCAGGAGCAAGUACAGCGUGACCAGCUCCAGCGUGACCUGAUACUGCGGGAGCAACUGCAACGGGGGCAGAAGGACUUUGAACAGCAGACGUCUCCUAAUGAGCAGUCAAGCCGCGAGCAGCUUCAACGGGGUGACAAAGGGCCCCAGGAUGAGGCCCACGAAGCUGACGAAAUCCAGCAGGAGGAGCCUCUACAGGAGAAGCCUCUACAUGAAGACAAGGGAACGCAACAGUUCUACUCUCCAUCCAGAGUCCCUCCAAAAGACGCCCGGGCUGGCUACAGCCUGCAGGACUAUGUUUAAUAUGUUUUAUCCCUAAACCCUGCUAUUGUUAGUGGGGUGGAGGGAGAAUCCUGCGGCCAAUCUACUGGCUGCCUUUGUGAGAGGGAGAGAGUGGAGGAGAGAAAAAAAGGGUGAGGAAGGAGGAAGGUAAUGACUUUGACAGCCUUAUCGCCUCCUCUCAUCUCUUCUCUCUUGCUACUGCAAGCGCAAGCAGUAAAGGUAUUCCCAAAGUCUUGGAGAAAGGCAGCUUGUGGAUCCAGAAUCCUGAGGUAAAUGCCUCCUUGACUGCUGCUGUGGUGGGCGGAAAGACACAAGGGUAGGGUAGAGGAGAGGUGUCAUAAAAAUGCACAAGUGCAGCACAAGUAUUGUAUAUCCUGUGACAAGUUCCUUUAGAAACGGACUCGGAGGCUUUUCCAUACCAAAGGGUUUCAAUGGGAAAACAUUGCUGAUGAUAAUUAGCUGCUAAUAAUAUGACAUCAUUACUUUUGCAUAGUAAGUUCCCACUGGGCACACACUGGUUGAAUAAACAUUGUUUCCAUGUCAUUUCAAUGAAAUUACAUUGAACCAACUUGGAAUAGACGUUUAAUUGAGUAGCGUUGAUGUGUCUGAAAAGCGAAGAUGUUCUUUGCAAGCUUGCAUCUCUUAGACCCCAUUUGCCUUGUGAGAUUAAAAUAAUCAUACUCAAUCCUAUUUUCAAAAGACAAACAGACUGAUUGAUAUUCAGCCUUCUUAGCAUGCUUGUUAAAUAAUGCAGCUCGUUAAAUGAUCUGUAGCUUGUUAAAUAAUGCAGUGGAAUGGAGAGUAGUUACCAAAACGAAGCUACCAAAGCAUGUGCCUAAAAUGUGUUUGUAGAACUUCAACUGUUUGUAAAGGAGAAUUACAGAAGACUAAAGAAAUGAAAAGGGAGUUCAGAUUCCCACCAAUACCACACACACACAUCCAGUCCAUCUUGGAGGAGCACAAGGUACAUGGCACCAGGUGAUUUGGAGGCCCCAGGCAGAGGCCAGUCUGAGCCCCUCUACUGUAAUUUUAACUGUAAAAAUGUAUGACCUUUUAAUGUGCGAUGAACACAACCAGUCAUGAUGUUUCCAUCUGAUUGUCAAACAAAUCGCUUAGUAGGGUCCAUUCGCACGUUCAUCCAAAAUAAUUCCAGCAUCCGAAAAGUGUACAGUGCGCACACCAACUUUCCUUUAAAUUAGCAAGUGGCUAAAACGAUCUUACCAGAGAAAGCGUCCGAGCGAGCAAAACAGCGCCCCUCUGUCUUCCUAUAUGUAACCCAUGUAUCUGAUGCUGUCUGGACAAAAAGAGUAUGACAUGACAAUCUUUUUAUCCAAGCAAAAUCAGAUACAGUGUCUAUAGAAAGACGACAACCCCUAGGAUUUCUGCACAUUUGAUUGUGUUACAAAGUCGGAUUAUAAUGGAUGUAAUUGUUGACAAAAAAAUCCACACAAAAUGCUCUGUAAUGUUUUAUUUUUUAUUACAUAAGAUGUAAACAUUAAUAUUCCUUGAUUUUUCCUGUGCUUAGCUCCAUCCCAUUUCUUUUCCUCCUGAAAAACACCCCAGAUGUCAAGCAUACCCAUACCAUGAUGCAGUCACCACCAUACUUGAAAAUAAGGAGACAGUUACUCAAGUGAUGUGUUGUGUUGGAUUUGCCCCAAACAUAAGGUUUUGCAUUUAGGCCAAAACUUUCCUUCCUUUGCCUCGUUUUUUGGCAGUAUUACUGUAGUACUUUGUUGCAUACAUAUGCAUGUUUUGCAAUAUUUUUAUUCUGUUUAUUUGUAUUCCUCUUUUCACUGUCAUUUAGGUCAUUAUUGUGGAGUCACUACAAUGUUGUUGAUCCAUCCUACGUUUUCUCCCAUCACAGCCAUCUACCACUCACUCAUUUUUUAAAUGAGGCUUUCGAAAAGCUCCCUGGUCUUUGUAGUUUAAUCUGUGCUUGAAAUUCAAUACUUGACUGAGGGACCUUAGAGAUGUUGUAUGUAUGGGGGACAUAGGAAGGGUUAGUCAUUCAAAAAUCAUGCCAACCCCUAUUAUUUCACACAGAGUGAGUGAAAUAAUUUAUGUGAUUUAUGUGAUUUGUUAAGCCAAAUUCUACUGAUUAAGGUUUUUCCUAAACAAAGGGGGUGAAUACUAAUGCAACGACUAUAUUUGAGUUAUUUAAGUUUGAUUAUUUUGUACAAAAUGUGUAGAAUUGUCUUUUCAC